AUGGUGAAUUUGUUCGCAAAACCCGUCGAAAGCGACGAAGAAAUGGAAAUCGAUGAAAGUGGCGACGAAUUGGAAGAAGAUGAAGCUGUAACAGUUCGAAAGAAGAAGAAGGUGGCAAAUGCGGCCGACGAAUUCUCGCAAGACUUUGUUUUCGAUAAUGGCGGCAAUGUGUUCAUCGACAGAGAAACUGAGGAUUUGCAAAAGUAUUUGAAGAAGCAAAUUGUGCCGUCGUUGGAUGAGAAAAUUGCCGAGAUGAGAAAGUUGAAGAAUACGGGAAAAGCUGUGAUUGUUGAAGGGGAGAAUGAGAAGGAUUUGGAUGUUAUUGAGGCAGGAGGAGAAGAGGAUGAUGUACAACAAUUGGGAGGAAGAGAAACUAGAGGUUCGGUUGGGUUUUGGGGAUUUUCAGAGUUAACAAAAAUAUUUGGAAUUUUUAGAGAUCAAAUACAUAAAGUUACGGAAAAGCUAGACUUUAUGAUUUUUUGUGGGAAACCAGGAGAUUCUAUUGAAUGCUAACCUAAUUUUUUUUCAUUUUCAAAAAAACAUCCCAUUUAUGACAUUUUUUUGUCAAAAACGCUCAUGUUAAAUUUUUUCCUAAUUUUUUUCUUUUUCAAAAAUUCAUCUCUAUACCCAUUUUCGGCCAGAAUCUCACGCAAGUUUUUUCAAAAAUUCCACUGUUUCAAUUAUUUCGUAAAAUAUUUAUUGGAAUUUGAGUUUAUUACUGGAUUUAUGUUGUUUAUUAAAUUUUCCAAAAUUUCAAGUUUCAACAAAUUCAAAACGUGAAUAAAGUUCGGAAUUUUUAGAUUUCAGAUACAAAAAUUAUAAAAUUUAUUCAGUGUCAAAUAGAAAAAAAUCCGUAAAAAGUUAGAAAAUUCGAAUUUUAUUGAAUUUUUUGUCAAAUUUUCACCUUGCGACCGAAAUCUUUAUUUUCGAACGUGACCUUUCUUUCCCACGUGAAAAUUUUCAUUUCAAUAUCUUCAUUUCUGAAAAAUUCGAACCUGGAAACGUGGGAGCCUCACCUCAUUCAUUCCAACCAUUCAUUCCCUCAUUUCAGAUACUGUUCGUGAGAAGAAAAAAGCGGGGCGUUCCCGAAAAUCCAACGCAGAUGACGAUUUCUUCUCGGCUUCCAUCGAUGGAAAAAAUCUCGAUCCAACAGUUCAAAUCAACUUCGAACAAAUGAAUCUAUCGCGUCAAAUCCUAAAAGCAAUCUCUGGUGCUGGAUUCAGUGAUCCGACGCCAAUUCAACAAGCAUGUAUUCCCGUCGCGUUGACCGGAAAAGAUAUUUGCGCGUGUGCUGCAACUGGAACCGGAAAAACUGCCGCAUUCGUGUUGCCAAUCUUGGAACGUAUGUUGUAUCGACCGAAAGGACCGAGUUGUACACGGGUUUUGGUGUUGGUUCCAACUCGUGAAUUGGCUAUUCAAGUGUUUCAAGUGUUCCGAAAAUUGUCGACUUUUAUUCAACUCGAAGUUUGUUUAUGUGCAGGUUAG